UCGUCAAUCAAUAUCCAAUGCAAAUUAUAUAUAUAACUGAUUUUUUAAGACACAUGAUUCAUUAACAAGAAACAGCUGAGACACUUCCAUCGACCAAUUGGCUCAUUUAACCCGGUUUUAUUAAUGGGUUACGCGAGAGAAAAGCACGCCAGAAAACGUGAUCGCAUUUUAUCCGAUUGCACGCGUGCCGCGAAUUGCACUGAUAAAAAAAUGUAUAUCUGAACACGUUCUCGUAAAUUACGUUUGCUUUUUUAUCCAACGUGAAUGAACAGCCGGAUACCUGACGCAAUUAGUUCUGUUCCAAUAGCAACAAGAAGUACCGGGCGUCGAAAGAUCGCUACCUAAAUCAACUGGGGCUUCUAUUUUCGUUCUGAGAGAAGCGAGGUUAACUCCAUCACGUCGAGCGCAGUCGUCUCUUCAGUUCGUCGUGUCGGAUAUGCUCGCGAGUGACCGGAAUCAUGACAAGAUCUCUACGAUCACGACAACCGACCCUGGUAACGAACCCGCCGAUUUCGACAGAGCCAUAUCUACGACCGGAUAUGGAUUGUUUAAUGUGCUAUUACUACUGGCGGUGCUGCCAAUUGCAUGGGCCGCCGUUUUUGACACUACCUCUAGCGCAUUCAUCUUGGCAUCGGCAGAAUGCGACCUUCAGCUUAUUACAUAUUUUCGUAAAGGCAUGCUUGUCGCAUUUCCUUACGUAGCUAUGACGAUGUCUGCUUUUUUAUGGGACUACAUAACGCCCUAUAUAAGUGUGAAAACGCUGUUCAUCCUCGCAUCAUUAGGUGAUUCAAUUUUGAAUAUUGUGAGCAGUGCGGUACAGAAGUAUUACAUAUUUCUACUAGUCAAAUUUAUGAGUGGAAUUUGCGUAGGCGGCCCGUUAGCGAUGGCGAUGACGUACCUGACGGAAUUCCAUUCGACGAGGUAUAAGCCCCGCUUUACCAUAUGGACGGGAUUUCUCUUCGCCAUGGCGAAUAUCAUACCAGCAGCUCUGGGCAUGAUAAUAUUACCGUUGGAUUGGCACAUCGAAAUCCUUAAGCAAGACUACAAUUCUUGGCGUAUAUAUCUACUGAUCUGCUCGAUACCUUCCGUCGUCGGUCUCUUGACAGCGUUCAUGUUACCGGAAAGCCCUAAGUAUCUCAUGGCAAUUGGCAGGUCAGAUGCUGCCUUGAAAUUGCUUAAGAGAAUAUAUUGUAUGAACACUAGGCAGCCUGCGGAUACGUUCCCGAUAAAAGCGCUGUUCGUUCAGCAAAAGACGCAAUUGGCGCGUCCCAUGCUCGAAGCGAGCCUCGAGAGGAUGCGCAUCUCGUUGUACAACACAAAAUUACUAUUGACAACGACGGCAUACCUGCCUGCCUUCGGCUUCGUAAGUUUCCUCCAAUUUGGAAGUAUGCUCGGAUUUAACACGAUGAGGCUAUGGGUGCCGCAUCUCUUUAUUAUUCUCAACAACUUUGAUCAGGACAAUUGGACGCUGAAGCACAGGCGGCAGCCGACCAUAUGCGAGAUGCUGGAUGUUAACGCAACCUUACCGGCCAGGCAAUAUUUGAAUUGCUCGAACUUUGACGACGUAUGUUUGAGGUGGACCAUUAAUCCCGACGUUUAUCGAAAUUCCACCAUCAUCGCAUCGUCAGCUGUUCUAUUCUCAUUUCUCGCCGGAUUCAUAAUGACUACCAAGCUUCGAAAACAGAUCAUAAUGCUCAUGGCCCUCCUGAUAUCGGCGGCAAGCAGUUUCGGAAUAAAUUGGGCGCAGUCUUCGCCGUAUAUGCUGACGCUGGCGGCGGCGGUUAUCGUGACGACAAGAAUAGCGGGUAAUAUCGUUACCGCGGUGAAUGUCGACGUUAUUCCCGUCCCAUUAAGAGUCACGAGCACCAGUAUCCUAGUGACCAUUGGAAAUAUUGGCGCUAUCUUGGGAAAUCUAAUUUUCUCCGCGCUUCUGGACACCGAAUGCAUCAUAGCUUUCGUAGGAUUGGGCUGUUUUUUCUCAGUAUGCUUCUGCGUAUCUCUAUUCUUUCCGCAAUCUGUGAAAGAAUCGCCGGCGAAACUUGCUGAGAUUAGCACAUCAAAAUCAUGAAGAGAGCAACACACAAACAUUUCGAAGUCGUACCUACAAAAUUGUAGAAAUUCAAUUAAAUGUGUAGUUGCUUGAGAAAGCUUGGCUAGGCUGUGAUAUUUAUCUAAAACUAUUUAUCGAAGAAAGAAUUUAGGAAAAAAAUAUAAAAUAUAAAAUAAGAAAAAUUCAACGCUAAAUAAAUCUGACUUUCUUUCCUCCUUGGGAAAAAUAGACGUAAUAUAAUUUUUUAUAGAAUA